CCAAAGGUACCUCAGUCUUUCUUUUCUCCCAGGACCGGAUAGUUCCAGGCCCUCAGCCCAGUCGAUCAGACCAGGAAUCCUUCAGGCAGUAGCAGUCAGCCAGCGAGGCCAUCUAAAGGUAGAGAUCAGUCGAGAUGGAGAAAGGUUAUCUCGGGGAUGGUCCUUCCGCCCCUUACCCAGGACCUCCCAUGAACUAUGGGGGGAUAGCCACGGGCCAGGGCCCCCAGCCAGGCUUGUACCCCCAGCCCCCAGGGGGAUACCCUGCCUCCCCUGGUCCUCCACAACCAGGGUUCCAGCCUGGUCCCUACCAGGGAGGUCCCCAAGCAGGUGUGUACCCACCUCCACCACAGUACACCUCUGGACCAGGUGGACCGGUGCCAGUCGUGACCCAGGUAAUAAUGACUCCUAGCCUGAUGGAGGUCGGAGGUUCGACCAUGUGUCCCCACUGCCAGCAGCACGUGGUCACCAAGACAGAGACCAACCCUGGUCUGCUCACCUGGCUCAUCUGUGGUGGCCUCUUCAUUGUUGGGUGCUGGCCAUGCUGCGCCAUCCCGUUCUGUGUAGACUCAUGUAAAGACGUGAAUCACAGCUGUCCCAACUGCAACAAAAUCAUCUACGUCUACAAACGGAUUUGAUAUUAAUUUGACCUGACAUCACUGUACUAACUUUAUCUGAAGGACUAGGACAUGGCAUUUGAAUCAAAUCAGCAUUUCUGUAAAUGUAUGAGGUUCGCAUUCACUAGGGCAUGUGAUGUUGGAAAAUGUUUUACAACUAAGAAUCAAAAACAAAUAUUUCUUAUUGGACAAGUCCAGGUAGUCCCUCCCUUUUUCAGUCCAUUUUCUUCCAUUUGGUGCCUAAUGAAUACAACCCAGGGGUAGCCAAAAGGGUUAUGUCUAUCCUGUAUAGUCCCUGAGCAGGUGGUGAGCUUUCCUCAGCUCCACAAAAUACUACAUAAUAUAUGCCAUUUAGCAGAUGCUUUUAUCCAUUUUUGUAUGGGUUGCCCUAGCAGAAAUUCAAACCCACAAGUGCCAAGCUCUAUUAGGUUCCUGGCCAGACUUGACCCUUGUAGUGACUACCAAAGAGAAUCCUGAUACCAAAGACUGGUAGUAGCUGCGCUAUAGCUGUUUCACAGUAGUUCUGUACUCGUCUGAAGUCCAUGGAAGUAAAGGAACUUCUAAACCACUCUACUUCUUAUUGUAAUAUUGUUAUAUUGAGAUGUAUCUAUCACCAUCAUACAUCUUAUUGUAAUAUUGAGAUGUAUCUAUCACCAUCAUACUUCCUAUUGUAAUAUUGUUAUAUUGUGAUGUUUUUGUUAUUACACUCUUGCAGUCGUUCCCUCACCGAUCUCGUUCUCUUUUUUCCUCUGAACGUUCUACUACUCAUUUGUCAUAAAGGACCAUUGUCAAUAAUUACAAUGGAUCUUAUGGUUGUCUUUUCACAUCCUGCCCAGUUGCUCUGUAAAGCUCUGAUUAAAGUUGUCUGUAUUGAA